UUCAGUCCAGGACAAGUUUUAUUCGUUUGUAUUUAUAUCUAUCUAUAUAUUUUUUUUUCCUGCCUAAGACACUUGUUCCACACUCAGUAUCACAUUAACCGCUUUAUUAAACUGUAGAGUUAAUAAUAAAAAUGUGGCGGAAAUAUAAUGGUUAACUAACCUCCAUAGACACUUGGUGUGUAGUGUGAGCUACUGAAUACUGAACAGGAGGAUUCCAGCACUAUGCUGAUUUCAGGCAUUCAUGCGAAAACAGAUGUACAGAUAAUUGUGCGGUUUGCUGCUUUUACACGAGUAUUAGCGCUUAUUUUACAGGCUGUGCUAAAUGCUCUAAUCCCUGAUCAUGAAGCAGAUGCUUUCAGUCCUCCCCGGGCAGAGGAACCACUCAUCUUGGACCACACUAUCGAGAUGCUCUUUAGUGGCUUAGGCCGCUGGGAUGCUGAACAUUUUCUCUUCAUAGCAGAGCAUGGCUACUUGUAUGAGCACAACUUUGCUUUCUUCCCACUCUUUCCACUGGUCCUGCGUUUGGCAGCGACCAUCCUGCUGUGGCCUCUGAGUCCCCUUCUCACAGUACGUGGACGUUUACUCUUGAUGGUGGCCAUAGCUAAUAGCACGCUCUUUGUGAUGAGUGCAGUGGCACUUUAUGGACUAAGCCGUCUGGUUUUACAGGACCGAAAACUUGCCCUGAUCUCAAGUCUUAUCUACUGCCUCACACCGGCCAGUGUUUUUAUGUUAGCAGGCUAUUCAGAAAGUCUUUUUGCACUUCUCACCUUUGGUGGUUUGUGGUUAUUGGAGAGAGGGUUUACAUCUGGAGCAUGUUUCCUUCUCAGUCUUGCCACUGCUGCACGUGCUAAUGGACUUGUGAAUGCUGGCUUUCUGUUAUACCUGCCCUUGCAGCGGAGUCUCACUCAGGUGUUUAACAAAGGAUCCGCAUGGCACUACAGCUGGGCAGCUCUGAGGUUUUUGCUUACAUCACCACUUUAUGUUGCAGUCAUUGUGCUCCCAUUUUGCCUCUUCCAGUUUUAUGGCUACUACACAUUCUGUUUGCCGUCUCUAACCAAGGAGCAGAUUUCUCCUGCUUUACUCAACCUGGCCAGGGAGAAAGGAUACAGAGUUCCUGAUGCAGCAGCACCUGCACCAAGCUGGUGCAUGAAACCUGUUCCAGUUCUCUACUCCUACAUUCAGGAUGUGUACUGGGAUGUCGGUUUCCUCCGAUAUUUCCAGUUAAAGCAGAUACCCAACUUUCUCUUGGCACUUCCAGUUGCCACACUAAGUGCCCUGGCAUCGUACAUGUACAUAAUGGCUAAUCCACGUUUUUGUUUGCAUCUUGGACUUGGAGAUAUUGGGAAGAAAAAGAAAGAAGGAAAACCACCAACUGGCCUCUACUGCCCAAAGGUGUUUGUGUACAUCAUUCACUGCUCUGUGUUGCUUACGUUUGGCAUAUUCUGCAUGCAUGUCCAGGUGCUUACCCGUUUUCUAGCCUCAUCUACGCCCGUCAUCUACUGGAUUAGCGGUCACAUUCUUCUUUCCUGUGAGCCCUUAUUAAAAGAAAAUAAAAACUUUGCUUAUGGCCAACGACAGAACACAUUGGGCCAAAGCAUUUAUCAUUUUUGGACAAGACAUUUGUGCAUUGGCAACCCUAUCACUCAGCUCCUGAUGUGCUGGAGGACUUGCUCCUUUCCCACCCACUGCAUUCUGGGAUACUUCAUCUCAUAUUGGCUGUUAGGUUUGGCUCUGCACUGCAACUUUCUACCUUGGACUUGACAGAAAAGGUAUGGCCACAUUUGUGCAUCUGCAGUAACUUGCCUUCUAUUUGUGGAUUCUCAUGAAGGUCUGCUUAAGAAAAUUAUUUUUAAAUGUUGGCUGUUAGAAAAGAUUUCAGCUUUGUCAUACUGGGGAACCAUGACCACUUUGGCUAUUUUAUUUUUAUUUUCAAUAAACUUGUGUUCUUUAUUUUA